AAUGCACUUCGUGAGAAAAAAAUAUACUUAGCUGUUUGCUGUGCGUUACCUGUGUUAAUAUGUCUUGCUACCACCCAUGACAUAAAUGCUUUCAAUUUAAUGCUUCACCAAAAGUCGAUUAAUUAAUGCAAAAUUAAAUUAACUAAACUUCAGAAAGAAAAUAAAUAAAGGCACGACCCAAUACCACAAAAUGGAGGAAGAUGUUGGUGUUUGCAAUUUUUUAAAAGAUCCCUUGUCCAUAAAUGAUUUAAUAACUAGUGGGACCAAUUUUGAAAUAAAUACUAAUUUCGAUGACGGCUUCACAAAUGUUAUAUAUGAUGAAUUAAAUUUGGGAUCCGAUGACGAAUUUGAAGAUGACUCCAAAGCCCCCAUUGAUCAGACAUUGCUAGUUUCACCGUGGACAAAGUCCUUUCACGAGUUGAAGCAGCAUAUGUUACAAUUAAAUCCAUAUAUUUGGAAGAAAAUUACAAAGACUGGGAAUGAAGAGGAAUCCGUCGUUCCAGCAGUGAAUGCUAGGGCAUGCAUUCGUUAUAAUGCCUAUUGGGAAGGGGAAGGAGCCCCUUUUGAUUCGAGUUUUUUAAGAGGAUCGUCACAUAGCUUCUACACCGGCCGCAAUGAGGUCCUGGAAGGUUUGGAACAUGCUGUUUGCACAAUGCGUAAAGGAGAAAAUGCCCAAUUUGUAAUUUCGUAUCAUUUAUUGUUUCGAGAAAUGGGAUGUCCUCCUCGCGUAAAACCAAAAGCUGAUGGUUUAUUCAUAAUCGAGUUGGUUGGCUUCAAUUUGAUAGGCGACAUAGACGCGGACCAACAAAUACCUGAGGAGGACAAAAAUAAGUACGCCAUUGUCAUAGAUAAAGUGAAGGAAAUUCACUUGAAAGGAUUGGACUUUUUUGCUCAGGGAAUGCAUCGUAACGCCUGUCGGGCAUUCGAGAAAGCUCUUGAUCUGCUUAAGUUCUGUCGUCUCAGCAGUGAAGAUGAGGAACGGGAGCAAACGACAUUUCUGCUUAAACUUUACACGAAUUUGGCUGUCUGCUAUAUAAAGAUUAAUGCUCCAGCAAAAACCUGCAUAAUGUGCAAGGAAAUUCGGCAUUUAACAAACAAUAAGCCAUCCUGCAAAGCGCUCUUUCAAGAGGGUAGAGCUCUAUUAAUGUUGGGAGAAUAUGGAAAGGCUCGUGGUAUAUUGAUUAGGGCACAGCACAUGGAACCAAAUAAUGGAGACAUUAGUCGCGAAUUAAAAAUUUUAGAGGACCGUUAUAAGCGCUACAAGGAUAAUGAGCAAAAAAUGUGGUCAAAAGCCAUGGGCUUACUUAAAACUACUGUCGCUGAGCCAACCAAAGAAAACGAUGAUUACCUUGGCGAUCUCGAACAGGAGAUGCUGAAAUUAAUGCAAAAUUUUAAGGAUUCCGAGGAUCAAAAAGACUUAAAACUUCCAGCAGGACUUACGAGCAAAGAAAUAGAAACGCUCGACGCAUUGGCAAAUCGUUUGGAUUUAAAACUUACCCUUAAUACAUUGGAUAAUAAUACUUAUACCCUAAAAAAGAAAUAAGACCACCCACAACUAAUGUAAUGUAUAAGUACCUAUAAGGUUGUUCUGUAUUAUUUGAUAUUACAGAUAUUAAAAUCUAAAAGAUCAUUCAACUCAGCCAUUGUAAAUAGUUUAAGUUAUGAUAUGUAUGCAAUAAAUGUAAAAUACUUUUUUCAAA